AUGAGGCUCCAGGGGAACCGGGACAUCUUUGCGGAUCGGGACAGAUUACAAGCCUGGCCGCUCGAAAACUACCCUGUAGGGGACGUUGGCCUCGACGCAGGACUUAAGAUGGAACGUAUCCGAAUGAGGAGCAACGGAUCCGUACAGGACUUCAUCACUCGUUUCGUAACAGUCGUUCCGGAUCUGUCUGGGAACGAUGCAGCCGUUUGCCACGCCUUCAGGAAGAAACUCACAGCGGGAGAUCGUGGACCGCAUCCACCAGGCUAG